AUGGAAGGGACCCACAGCACCUUGCGUCUGUACCAAACCAUCAGGGAGAGGAGCUCUGUGAGGCCGUUCAUCCUCACCCCCACCCCUAUCCAAAGGGGCCCCGGCUCCUCCCUCCACAAGACCGCCUCUCUUAGGGCUCAACCAAUAAUUUCCCACCAUCCAACGGAGGAGGAGCCAGUUGAGACAGUGCAGUGGGAUCAGUCAGGAGAACUUGGGAUUAAAAAGCAGAAACAGAGUUUUGAGGUGGACAGCAAGGCUGAUGGUUUAGGAUCAUCAUUAGACUCUGAGCUCCACUGGUUGGCUGACCUCCACCUGCUACCUCUCUGUUCGGAGUGCAAGGCCAGGGUUGGGAUGGGGAACCAGGGAGGUAAGCUCAGGCACCUGGGCUCUGAGGAGAGCCAAGAUGGUUGCUCACCCAGAUUACCACCAGACCCCCAGGCGACCAGGAGAAGGAGGACUGGGGGGAUGAACGGCACCAGUAGCCUCCAGCACACCCUCACCCGGUCCCCUGGGACCCCACGGACAGCAGGGAGCUCCAAGAGAAUGAGGCUGAAGAGGUUGUGGAACAUGAGUGCUCGCCCAGCCGAGGAGACGCUUCAGUGGGGUGCAGUGGAGUCGAGUCCAGCCUAUCCUUCUGAUGGUGUCUCCAACUCUAAUUUCACAGAGAGGAGGAAUACAGUCAUGAGAGGAGGAGAAAAGGAGAAGACGGACACCAUCCAGGGAGGCAGAGAGAGGGAGAAAUGUUCUAAGAGUCCAACUAUGACACAGGAAGCAAAGAGGCCAUGCACCGUACCCUCCAGCGCUGUUCUGGACUCCCUCAGGGGGGUUCUACUCUCUGAGAGCCACUCUUGUUCUCUGAACAAAGUUCUCCCAUUUGAGUACCACUACAGUUCUCGCACGGCCCGAGAAGUUGUAAGUCUGAAAGAAGAGUCUGUUCACAUUGACUCAGAUACGGAGCUCUCAGACUACGACAAUGAAUUCUGUAACACUUCUCCCUUCCCAUCUAAAUCUCAAGAGGUAGAGGAGGCCCAGGACAGUACCAGGCAGUCUCCAGAGGGGGGGGCAGACCAGGCCCUGAGCCCCAGCCAGGAGGGAGGCAGAGCAGAGAAGGGGUGGAGGAUGGAGAUGAAGAGGAGGGAAGCAGCCUGGAGGGUGAUGGAGAAGAUUGAGGAGGUGGAGGGGAUCAUACGGAGGGUCAGUCUAACCAGCGCUGACUGGAUCAAAGAAGGGAGAGAGGGGAGUGUUUUUGAACUAUUUACGCCAGAUGUGUCUGAAGAAGAGUCAGUGUCUGAGAACAAACCUGAAUCCUCUUUCCAGCUCCAACCAGAGCUCCAGGAUUGGGGGACUACUCUGGAAGAUUCUCUCUCAGCUGAGGAGAUUCAUGCCCUGGGUGAGGCGUUGAGCCAGAGCCUGCGGAGAGCCCUGAGGAUGGAGGGUCUUGGGGAAGACGAGGACUGGGAGGCAGUGAGGUGUAGAAAAGAGUGCAGAGAAACAACCUGGAACUUCAAUUUAGAGCAAACCUCUCCAGAAUUGUCAUGGGAUCCCAUCGACCUCUCCAACGGCAACACCAUGACCUUUGACCCUAUGAGAGAAUGGAAGCGUCCCUCCUCGCCCUCUCUCUUGGACACCUCGUCCCCAAGGACCUCCAGUAGCUUUAACAGCAUGUUCCCUAUGAUGUCCCCCAUCCUGUCCCCUCUGUCCUCCCUAUUGUCCAGCCCCCGGCUCAGUCGCCGUCCCCUGCCUCCGUCCCUCUCCCAGCCUGAUGAGGAGAUGAGCGAAGGAAGAAGAAUGAGAGUUGAGGGAGGUCAGAGAGGGACAAAGAACUCGGCACCAGGCCAUCUUGUCCUGCAGGGUGGGAGUUGUAAUAGAGGUGACAACAGUGACGUUAAUGUCAACAGAGGACAGGUAGGGGACAAAAAGGGGACCAGGAAGCGAGUAGCAUGGCUGGAUCUGAGGCUGAAUGAGCAGAACCAGAAUGACGGUCAGAGAAAAGGAGACUCCAGUUGGGCUGAGCCCGGUAUUUCCAGUUUGUCCACUGUGCUGUCUUCAGACGAGUCACUGAGGAGACAGGAGGAGAUCUGGCAGAGAGAUGAGUCCCUGUGGAGAAAGGAGGAGAUCUGGCAGAGAGAUGAGUCCCUGGGGAGACAGGGGGAGAUCUGGCAGAGAGAUGAGUCCCUGGGGAGACAGGGGGAGAUCUGGCAGAGAGACGAGUCACUGGGGAGACAGGAGGAGAUCUGGCAGAGAGAUGAGUCCCUGGGGAGACAGGGGGAGAUCUGGCAGAGAGAUGAGUCCCUGGGGAGACAGGAGGAGAUCUGGCAGAGAGAGGUGGAAGAGUCUCUGUCCUACUGCCGCCCCAAACACGUCGACUUCCUCAGGAUCACACCUCUGGAAGAUGACAUCAUCAGAGACUCACCUUUCUCCCCACUGCGAGUGAGUUUGCGGGCGUCAACCCCAGGUGAUGGAGAGGACCGGUCCACCCCAGGCCGUCUGCAGGCCAUCUGGCCCCCAACUAAGGAGGAGAAAGUGGGACUGAAAUACACAGAAGCCGAACACCAGGCAGCCCUCCUGCAGCUGAAGAGAGAAUGCAACGAGGAGAUGGAGAAGAUACAGGAGGACUUUGGAAAGCAGCUGCGCCAGGUGAGAGGGGACAAUGAGGAGCGUGUAUUCCACCUGGAGUGCAAUCUGGCCCGGCUACAGAGCGACCUGGCGCUGGGUGCGCACCACCGUCGUGGAGACCUCCGAGACGUUGCUGUAUCCACGGGAGAUGACCUCUCACAACGGACCGUCCACAACGUGUGUGUCCAGACGGACCGUCAGACCUUUAUCAGAACCCCUGAGGAUGAGGAGGGAGGUGUCAGGCUGGGCCCCCAAACCACCCUCAACGUGCCUAAGAGACUGGGCCUGGCUUCUAUCAGUCUAAAUAACCCUCCACCCCCUCCACCGCCACCAGGCUGUGUUCCCCCUCCCCCUCCAGGUGUUUUGGGGGAUAAACCCCACAGGAAGCCUGCUGUGGAACCAGCCUGUCCCAUGAAGCCUCUCUACUGGACCAGGAUACAGAUACAGGACAAUAAGGACACACUGUGGAACUCUCUUGUGGAACCAGACAUCAUCAACACCACAGAGUUUGAAGAUCUGUUCUCCAAGACCACCUUGCAGACCAAGAAAAAACCUCUGUCAGAGGCCUAUGAGAAGAAAGCCAAGGCCAAGAAGGUCAUCAAGCUGCUGGAUGGGAAGCGUUCCCAGGCUGUAGGGAUACUCAUCUCUAGUCUGCACCUGGAGAUGAAUGACAUACAGCAAGCUGUGCUGACGGUGGACAACUCCAUCGUGGACAUGGAAACCAUCCAGGCCUUAUAUGAAAACAGAGCCCAGCCCGAUGAGCUGGAGCAGAUAACGAGACACUACCACACUUCAGAGGAGGAACUGAUCAAGUUACUGGACAAACCUGAACAGUUCCUCUAUGAGUUAUCUCAGAUACCAGACUUCCCAGGCAGGGCUUCAUGUAUCAUCUUCCAGUCUGUCUUCAUAGACGCCAUCGCCUCCGUACGGCGGAAGGUUGACAUCGUCUCUCGCGUCUGCAAGGAUCUGUUGGAGACCUCCAGUGUGAGGGAAGUAAUGGGUCUGGUUCUAGCCCUGGGGAACCACAUGAACGGGGGCAACAGGAGCAGAGGACAGGCUGACGGCUUCGGGCUGGAGAUCCUGCCCAAACUGAAAGACGUCAAGAGCAGGGACAAUCGAAUCAGUCUGGUCGACUACGUGGUAUCAUAUUAUCUCCGCAAUCUGGAUGAGAACGCUGGGACAGAGAGAAGUGUCUUCCCUCUCCCCGAGCCUCGGGAUGUGUUCCUGUCAGCCCAGGUCAAGUUUGAAGACAUCACCAAGGAUCUGAGACAGCUGAGACGGGACCUGACAGUGUGUGAGAAAGGUGUUCAGAAGGUGUGUUCCAGCUCUCCAGACGAGCACCUCCAGCCGUUUAAGGACAAGAUGGAGGCGUUCGUUCUGAUUGCGCAUAAAGAACAUGAUGACGUGCAUGCCCAGUUGAUGUUUGCACAAAAAAGAUUCCACGAGCUGGUGACGUUCUUUGGGCUGAAGCCCAAGACAGGAGAGACCGAGGUGGCGACAGGUCACUUCUUUAUGCUGUGGUUUGAGUUCUGUACCGACUUCAUGACCAGGUGGAGGAGAGAGAACAAGAAUAUCUCCAAAGAGAGACUGAAAGAGGCUCAGCUGUCGGUGAAGAAGAUUACAGCAGACAAGAAGGUGGAAACUAGGAAGAUCAACCCUAACAGUCUGAAAGAGAGACUGCGCCAGAAAGAAGCAAACAUGGUGAACACAAGCUGAGAGACAGAACAGAGAAGAACAGGACAGAGAAGAAAAGACAUUAAUGAGAAGAGUGAUGGGUUGAUGUGUGAGGGGACUGGGGACUCCUCCCACCUUCUCCUGUCACCGCCCCUUAGCCAGCCACACAGGACUGGGGACUCCUCCCACCUUCUCCUGUCACCGCUCCUUAGCCACCCACACAGGACUGGGGACUCC